AUGUCAAACAACAAACAAAAAUCUUCUCCAGUCAUUAAUUUAAUUGCAGGUGGUACAGCUGGUCUAUUUGAAGCAUUAUGUUGUCAUCCUUUAGAUACAAUCAAAGUUAGAAUGCAAAUAUUUAGAAGAACAAACUCAAAGGAACAUCCAGGUACCAAACCACCAGGUUUUAUUAAAACCGGCAGAACCAUCUAUCACAAUGAAGGUUUCUUAGCAUUAUAUAAAGGGCUAGGUGCUGUGGCCAUUGGGAUUAUCCCAAAGAUGGCUAUCCGAUUCUCCUCAUAUGAGUGGUAUAGAACUUUACUGGCAGACAAAGAAACCGGAAAAGUGUCGACUGGUAACACAUUCAUUGCCGGGCUGAUGGCAGGUGUUACUGAGGCUGUUAUGGUGGUGAAUCCGAUGGAAGUUGUAAAAAUUAGAUUACAGGCACAGCACUUGCCUGAACCUACUGUAAAAGUUGCAAAAAAUGUUGUCGCUACCGCUGCUACUCCAAAUGGUGCCACUGCUAAUAUUGUUUCUUCCACCACCGUAUCUGCUACAUCUAGUUCUGUUGCCACUGCGGCUCCUAGAUACAGAAAUGCUGUUCACACUGCCUAUAUGAUCGUAAAAGAAGAAGGUUUUGGUGCACUUUAUAGAGGAGUCUCUCUGACAGCUGCUAGACAAGCUACUAACCAGGGUGCUAAUUUCACCGUUUACUCCAAGCUAAAAGAAUUCUUGCAAAAAUUCCAUGGUACAGAUUCUUUACCAUCAUGGGAGACGUCUUUAAUUGGGUUGAUCUCUGGCGCCAUUGGUCCAUUUUCAAAUGCUCCAUUAGAUACUAUUAAGACUCGUCUACAAAAAGAUAAGACCAUCAAAAGUGAAAGGGAAAAUACCUCUUCAUGGAAACGUAUUACUGCCAUUGGUUCUACUUUAAUCAAAGAGGAAGGUGUAGCUGCAUUAUAUAAAGGUAUUACCCCAAGAGUUAUGAGAGUGGCCCCAGGACAAGCUGUUACCUUCACUGUCUAUGAAUUUGUUAGAGCGCAUCUAGAAAGUUUGGGGUUUUUCAGUGACAAGGCCAGUAAACCAAAGAAAUUGAACUGA